AUGAGUUCUUCAACGAAUGUCUACCUGACAGCUGUGGCUGUCUGUGAUGUCUUCUACCUAGUUGUCACGUACCUGUUUUACCUGAAGGCCUUUCAGUUCAUCCAACGCUUUGGAGUAUAUAUGUAUGCUGUCCCGUUUCUACGCGUAACGGCUAACCUGUUCAGCAACACUACGACAUGGUUGACCGUCUGUUUCACUAUUGAACGUUACGUAGCUGUAUCUUCCCCGAUGUUGGGUCGCCGUUUUUGUACACAACAACGAGCUCGCUAUGCUGUGGGUUUUCUUUGUCUCAUCUCGUUUGUGUUCACAUUCCCCGACUACCUCAAAGAUACUGUGGUUCAUAAAUCCCGUCCUAUUUCUGGCUCAUUGGGAAAAUUCGCUAAUGAAACCCCAGCAUCAGAUGAGCGCAUCGUAGACUACGCAAUCAGUGAUUUACCUACGAAACGAUACCUCAUUCUUAUCGGAUAUGAUUAUAUAAAUCAAAUUCUCUUCGUUUUGGUCCCGCUUAUUCUCCUAAUUAUUUUUAAUAGUCUACUAAUUCGCACCGUGAUCGAAGCGAACAAAGACCGUCAAGGUCUUGUUCACCGAAGCACGAAACAUCCGUCUAGCAACCUUUCAGUAAAACCCGAGUUUGGCCAGCAACAUAUGCCCCCAAAAAGUCGUUCUCUCAAAACUCCUGCAGUGACCGACGCCCUUGAAGCUAGUAUGCAAACAACCGUGGAAUUGGCCUCUGGAAUCUCACAAGCUGGGACCAAGUUCACCUUCUCGAGAAGGCGACCGAUCUUUGGCGAACAGCAACGCAUCACUAUGAUGCUGAUCACCAUUGUGAUUGCAUUUGUUCUCCUACAACUUCCAAGCAUAGUUCCAACGGUAAUGGAAAAUUUAUGGAAAGCUAAAGUACUGGAACAAACACAAAUCAUGAUUUUAUACAUGAAGAUCUACUCAAACAUUUCAAACGUUUUAUUGGUAAUGAACGCUGCAAUGAAUUUUGUGUUUUAUUCUCUUUUCUCUGCCAAAUUUCGUCAAACUUGUUACGCUUUGUUCCAGCAGUGUGAAUGUUGUGGCGGUGCUCACAUUGCUAGAGGAUGGCACCCGGUCAGUACCCUGUCACACUCUCCGGGGCAAACAAGUGACAGAAAUUUGGUUCGUCGAGGGAGUAUCAAACGCAGUACGAUUGCGCAGAGCACACGAGUGAACGCAAAGGAUCUGAAUGCCCCUCGCUGA